GUUUUUAUUAUUCCAUGUUUUAUCGUUGAUAUAUCAGAUGCAAUGGUUGAUCACAUUCUUGGGUGUAAUACUACUCGGGGUAGACAUUGGUCUCAUUGUCGGCGUUAUAUUCUCCAUAAUAUGUGUGCUCUUAAGGUUUACCAUCCCCAAAUCGACAAUCAAUGGACAGUUGCCUUUCAGCGAGAUUUAUGUCGAUUCGCAAGAAUUCUCUGAAGCGAAACAAAUACCGGGAAUAAAAAUAUUUCAAUUUCAUUGUCCGCUCUUUUUCAUGAAUUCGCACAACUUUAAGACUAAUCUCUAUAAGAAAACAUUGAAUAUAUCGAGCGAAGACAUUGAGCGUCUACACGAGGAGAAGCCUGUGAUCCAUACGAUUGUAUUGGACUUCUCGUCGGUGUUCUUCGUGGACAGCACUGGCGUCGAGACAGUGAUUGAGUGCAUCGACGAGUUGGACGACCUGCGGAUCAAAGUGAUUAUCUGCCAGUGCUCUCAGUCUGUCAUACAAAUGAUGGACAAAAUGCGAUUCUUCGCCAAACUGGCCAAUCCUCACAUCUGUGCCACCGUUCACGACGCCGUUGUGCUCAAUGAUCGCACCAAUUGUGCCUGAUGCUAGCUAAAUGCUAGUUCAUCUAGUUAACUCUAUGUGGUUAUAUUUUGUAUAGAUC